UCAGUUAUUAUUGACUCACGGAAAACGAUAGUUCAUUUGCGGAGCGUUUGUACUUGAAGAAAAUAGUUUGUUUUAUUUUGCUUAUUAGUAGCUUAAACAGCAAUUAAGUGUUUAUUGUUGUAAAAAUAUGCUAAAAAAACUUGGUAUAGAUGAAAGAAUAAUGUUUUGUGUUGCCAAAUUAAAUUUAAUUUUGCAAAGUUUUGUGCAUGAUUUGUCGUAGCGUUUGGAAGUGCCCGAGAAGACAUUGCGUGACAUCACAAUAAAAUAGCAUCAUUGCUAAUGUGUAAAAUGUAUACAAAAUAAUUUAAAAGUGAAUACGAAAAAAAAAUACAAAUUUCAAUUUUAAUAAUGUUUAAAAUAUCAUGCAAAAAUAAUAAUUGUUAAAUAUGAGCUCAACAUGAAAUAUGAGUGUUAAUUUUCUAAGCUUAAAUAAUGAAAAAUUCGGCUGCUCCACUUCUAAAACGAGAGAACGCAUCAAAAAGGAAUAAUGAAAAAUAAGGCCAACGUCGUAUCAGUAAACAACAACAAUAACUAAAUAACGCAAACAAAAUGAAUUGAAAAAAUAGUAUCAAAAACACAACGUAGUAACAAUUUAGUUCUUUUGUUUUUCGAUUUGAUUAGUGCUUAGUUAUAUUAAAAAAAAAUAAAAAAAAAAUCAUCACAAGUGAAAUUUUUUUACGCAGAAAGUGGCGCCUUUUUAGUUGAGAUUUUUUUUUAUUUAUGCGACAAGUGCGUGUAUGUGCGUGCAUACGUUAUUAAUUUCUACCCGACCGCCACCCUCAACAGCACCGGAAUUCUAAAUAUAAAAAUAUUUAGAUUUUUUUACCCUUUGCGGAACACGGCAAGCCAAACAUCCCUUAAUGUUCCAUCAAAUAGAAAAAUAAAAAAAAUUCCGUAAACAAUGUCGUCGUUGAAGGUUGCCGUGCGGGUUCGCCCGUUUAAUGCCCGUGAAAUCGAUAUGGACGCCCAGCUCAUUGUGGAAAUGGAAGGCAAGAAAACUCGCCUGCUCAAGCCGAGGCUACAAAGCAUUCGAGAUGUUGGUCGUGACAAUCAUCAUGAUUUCACCUUUGACUAUUCCUAUUGGUCUUUUGAUGAACACGAUAGUCAUUUUGUCACACAGGAGCAGGUCUACAAUGAUCUUGGCACAGAUGUAAUUGAUUGUGCCUAUCAAGGGUAUAAUGCUUGCGUUUUUGCUUAUGGACAGACUGGUUCUGGUAAGACAUUUACAAUGAUGGGCACUCCUGAUAAUCCCGGUCUCAUACCGCGCAUUUGUCAAGAGCUAUUUGCGCGUAUGCGUGUUGGUCAAGAGUCUGGCACUGGUUAUAAAACACAUGCGAGCUAUCUGGAAAUCUAUAACGAACGCGUAAAAGACUUACUUGGACCACAAACCACUGGACAUGGUUUACGCGUACGUGAACAUCGUACACUGGGUCCAUACGUGGAGAAUCUAUCACAGCAUGCUGUAUCCGAUUUUGAUGAAAUUCAGGAAUGUAUUACGCGUGGCAAUAUGCAGCGUACAACUGCCAGUACUAAUAUGAACGAUACCAGCAGUCGCAGUCAUGCCAUCUUUACGAUAACAUUUGUGCAGGCUGUCUUCAUGAAUGACAUGCCAAGCGAAACUGUUUCUAAAAUACAUUUGGUGGAUUUGGCGGGAAGUGAACGUGCCAACGCGACUGGAGCAACUGGUCAACGCCUGAAAGAAGGGGCUCACAUUAAUAAAUCGCUCGUGACGCUGGGCAGUGUGAUCUCAGCGUUAGCGGAGCAAACAGGCACAACAACGAGUUAUGUGCUGAACACAACCACCGUAUCGAAACGUAUCCUUUAUGUACCUUAUCGUGAUUCCAUAUUGACAUGGCUGUUGAAGGACAGUCUAGGAGGCAAUAGUAAAACGAUUAUGAUAGCAGCACUAUCGCCAGCAGAUUGCAAUUACAGCGAAACACUGAGUACGUUACGUUAUGCCAAUCGUGCCAAGAACAUUAUUAACAAACCGACAAUCAAUGAGGAUGCAAAUGUGAAACUUAUACGAGAAUUGCGUGAAGAGAUCAAUAAACUGAAGUCUAUGUUAACUGGUGAUAUUCAUUCACUACAACCUUCGCUUAAGAUGCUAGAAGAUUUGCAAAAGAAAGAAGCACAAGAAAAAGUAUUAACAGAAGAGUGGACGGAGAAGUGGAAAGAAGCUCAAUCUAUAUUGCAAGAGCAAAAGAGUUUAGGUUUACGUAAGUCGGGAGUUGGCGUUGUGUUGGAUUCCGAAAUGCCACAUCUGAUAGGCAUACAUAAUGAUGUGACGACAGGAGUUACACUAUAUAGUUUAAAGGAAGGUGAAACUCUUAUUGGCACUGAUGAUAGCGAUAUACCACAAGAUAUUGAAUUGACUGGUGAUGGAAUACGACCACAACAUUGUAGCAUUGUGCUAAGAGAUGGUGUAAUUACUUUACAUCCACGUUUAAUGGCGCAAUGUUGGUUGAAUGCACGUCUUAUAGAUGAACCAACAAAUAUAUCGCAGGGUGAUAUUAUUUUAUUGGGUCGUACCAAUAUAUUUCGCUUUAAUAAUCCAGCUGAAGCGGCGAAAUUACGUAAAGAUCUUAGUCGUUCACAAUUGGAUAUGUCGCGUUUAUCACUGAUAACUUCUUCGCGUGAAAAUCUGCUCAGUUCGAGUUUUUAUGCUGAUGAAGAUGCUUUGAGUACUAGCAUGACUAGUACUCCACCAAAACGUGAAAGACAAUAUUAUCCUACAAAACCAAUGACGCGUGAUGAUCCCGAAUUGCAAGAUGAAAAUCGAAAAAUACUGGAAACUAUUGAAAAUGCGCUAAAGCAGUUGAAUAUUGAAAGAGUUCAGAUGCAUGAUCAGUAUAAAAAUAAAGUGCAAAAACUGACUGAUGAGCUAAAGCGCUUAGUCAAAGAAGAAUCAGACUGUUUGGAAGUUCUACGUUGUAGAGAAAAGGAACUUUUGGCUCGAAAAGACAUGUUAUUAUGGGAAAAGAAUAACGAAAAAGUUCAGCAUGGCAUUAAAAUUGACGAAACAACUCCAUUAAAUGAUGAAUUAUUGCUACAAGCAUCAGACUCACUUGAUCUAUUUGCAUCACAAUAUAUUAAAGAAACCGUCAGACGUUAUAAUGAAGAAAUUCACAAACUCGAUGAUGAAAUUGUUGAAAAGGAACGCAUACUCAAUGUAAGCACAAAUAAAAUAGCCCAAGUGGACGAAAAAAUGUUGCAGAUACAAGCACAAUUGGAGCAAUUACGUCUCGAACGUGACGAAAGAGAGGCAGAAGUACAACAGCUGCAGCUCAGAAAACAAAAUUUAAAAUUAAAUUUGGUCAAGAGCACGACUACCACAACAACUAUUGAAUCUGAUGCACAGACAGAUACGGAGGCUUCAGUUUCAGAUACGUACAAAACUUGUGAUACUUUCCAUACAUCAAAUUCGAGUUGUUCAAUUGGUUCGGUCACACUAACUGGUGAUCAAAUAUCACCUGUCAGCAAUUGCUCUUCUACAUCCUGUGAAGCAGAUGAUGACACAAAUUCGACUGAGAAAGCUACGACCAGCACUUCUAGCUAUAGCACUAGUGGCAACACACUUGGUAGCAGCGCAAGUACGCAUACAAACAGUAACCUAACAGUCACAAAUCCGGUUAUGAGUGAUAGUGGCGUCUGUUUGGAACCAAGUAAACCAGCACUACAAAAUAUCAACGGCAAUGGUAAUGGCAAUGGCAAUAUUAAUGGUUAUUUGUCAAGUGAUCUCGGCAAUAAUAUAAAUGCCACAAAUAUUCGUAAUGUUAUUAGUAGUGUUGUUUGUAGCAGUGGAGCACGUACUUCUGACGAAGAAACAGCUUCUUGUUCUUCAUGUGAGCUUAGUCGUAAUUCAGAGACCGGUUCGAGACCGUAUUGCUCAAUGCAUACGUUACGACGAAAAAUUGCUACACAAAAAGCUUUAAUUAUGAAAAAUCUUGAAAUGAAUGUUAAUAAAUCUCAACUCGACGAGCAAAUUGCAGAGCUACAAGAGCUGCAACGUUGCUAUAUCAAACUUGAAAAGGAAUUACAGCUUUCAACUAAUGAGGAACAUGCUCAAUGCUGUGCAAAUGAGAACGAUAUUAAUCACCAUUCAAACUAUGAAACGGCCCCAUCUAUAAUGCAUUCAAGUGUCAUGAGCUCUAUACCCAUGGAAGAUUCUAUAUACACAAAUAGCAUGACACGUUCCUGUCCAUCUAUGCGCGAUUUUCCUGAAGGUACUGAUCAUUUCAUUACCAUACCCAGUUUUGUUAUACGUGGCGCAGGCAAACAAACUCAUUAUGAAUAUGAAAUACGCCUUGUUUUGCCAGAUGGUAAACUAAACAUAUUACGACGUUAUAGUCGUUUCAGGGAAUUACAUUUGAGCAUGAAGCAUUGCUAUGGUGCAAAAAUUGGUGUCUUACCAUUUCCACGACGUGAACUGUUUGCAUCAAAUAGUGAAGCUGUGGCUAAACAUAGAAGACGUCUGUUAGAACUUUACCUUAGACGUUUGUUUGUUGUUUGCACAAAAAUUCCGCAAUGUCCUAUAUAUGAGGGACCAGGAGGUCCAGGCUUGACGCGUGCCACUUUGGCACAAUUGUCGCCUUUCUUUAAGAAAGGUUUGUUCGAGAACGGCAAGCACGGGACGGGAUAAUAGUUACUCUACUGCUGAAUUAUCUCCUGCCUACAGUGUGUCUUUUAAUUUAUAUUUAUUACAUUCUAAGUUAUGUGAUUCAAGGAG